AUGUGCUUUGUUCAAGAGGGACCAAGCACGAAAACCGAAGAAGGUGCUGGUGUUGCUGGUGCUACUCUUGCUUAUACACUUGGAAAGGAUGGACGGCGAGUGCAUGUGAUUGAAAGAGACUUGAGUGAACCAGAUAGGAUUGUGGGUGAAUUGUUACAACCUGGUGGAUAUCUAAAGUUACUUGAGUUGGGUCUUGAAGAUUGUGUGGAUGAAAUUAAUGCACAAAGAAUCUUUGGCUAUGCUCUUUAUAAGGAUGGGAAAAACACCAAGUUGUCUUAUCCCUUAGAAAAUUUUGACUCUGGUGUACCUGGAAGAAGCUUUCAAAAUGGUCAUUUCAUACAACAAGUGCGAGAAAAGGCUUCAUCUCUUCCAAAUGUAAAAUUAGAACAAAGAACCGUCACGUCUUUACUCGAAGAAAAUGGAACCAUCAAAGGGGUAAACUAUAAAAACAAGAGUGGACAAGAGUUUACAACAAAGGCUCCUCUCACCAUAGUAUGUGAUGGUUGUUUUUCUAACUUGAGACGCUCUCUUUGUAAUCCUAAGGUUGAAGUUCCUUCUCAUUUUGUUGGAUUGAUAUUGGAGAAUUGUAACCUUCCAUAUGAAAAUCAUGGACAUGUUAUCUUGGGUGAUCCUUCGCCAAUUUUGUUUUAUCCUAUAAGUAGUACCGAGAUUCGAUGUUUGGUCGAUGUGUCUGGCCAAAAACUACCUUCUGUUGGUAAUGGUGAAAUGGCUAAUUAUUUGAAAACUGUGGUAGCACCUCAGGUUCCUCUGGAGCUGUAUACUUCUUUUAUAGCAGCAAUUGAUAAAGGAAACAUCAGAAGCAUGCUGUUAGCAGCCUUUAUCAGGAUGCUAGAAUCAAUGAAGCUACUAUGA